AUGGCAUCCGCUGAAAAACCAACGGCCGAACAGCCAACGGCCGAACCGCCAACGGCCGCAACCGUGUCGUUGCGCAAAUUCAUAGCCGCCAGCGAUCGUGUGAGCAUUUUUGAAGCAAAGAUCAAUACUCCAGGUCAAGCUUCCCCGUCCCUACAUCUGCUACAAGUCCGCCUGCAACAAGUGAGAGCCUUAUGGGACAAGGUAGAGACGGAGUACGACACGUGCUCCGAUCUAAUUGCCCAAGAAGGAUCCCUCGAAAUGGUGUUCGUGCUGCAGAGCAAAUAUGACUAUUGCUAUUCGGUGUAUGAGUCAUGUUCUGCAGAGAUCAGUGCGACAAUUGACAGUGCCACGCCUCUAGCCGUGCAACCACCCUCCCAGCCAAUAAUUUCCUCCGGUUGCCGCUUACCUCCCUGCGAUACAGAAGUCUUCGACGGGGACUACCUUCGAUGGCCCACUUUCCGGGACCUAUUCACGGCAGUCUAUGUCAACAACCCCAGGCUGACACCGGUCGAGAAGCUCUUCCAUCUUCUCACGAAGACGAGCGGCGAGGCGAAAGCCAUCGUCUCCAAAUCCCCGCUCACAAAUGACGGGUUCGCCUCUGCGUGGGAAGCGCUUCAAGACCGUUUCCAAAACAAACGACUUCUAGUCAACAGCCAACUCAAGCUUCUGUUCAACUUGAGUUCCAUCUCCCAAGAAUCUGGUCAUGCGCUGAAAGAGUUGCAGUCCACGAUUCAGGGGAGUUUGACAGCGCUAGCACAUUCCCAAAUAUCCACGGACAACUGGGAUUGUCUGCUGGUGUUCCUGUGCGCAAGCAAGCUGCCAAAAGUUACCCUUUCUCUAUGGGAACAGUCCCUGACGUCGAAAUCCGACAUUCCGGCUUGGGAAGAGAUGAAUACCUUCCUAAGCGAACGAUAUCGUACACUAGAGGCUAUAGAGGAUAUGAAGCCAACGCAAGCGGUCCCUAAGAAGUUCCAAAUGUUUGAGACAAAAGUCAAACAGAGAGGGUGCGACUUAUGCUCCAGGGAGAACCAUCCAAUAGGGAUGUGCCCGCGCUUUCUCCAAAUGUCGGUCGACGCGCGUUCCGGCUAUAUCCAAAGGAAGCAACUCUGUCUCAACUGUUUCGCGCGAGGCCAUCAGCUUCGUGACUGUACGAGCACUCACAGUUGUUUCACGUGUAGAGGAAGGCAUCAUACGCUGCUUCACCGCACUGCGAGUUCCGAAAAUAUGAGUUCCUCCAGCUCCUCGCAUCCUACACCAUCUUCGAGUUCCUCCAGCUCCUCGCAUCCUACACAAGCGUCGAGACCCUCCAGCCCUAAUGCAUCCGCAAGCACUUCAAUAGUGCAAAACUAUUUCGCCUCUGGCACUACAGCCGUUCUUCUGGGCACGGCGAUGAUCGACGUGUGCAAUUUGGGCAAGACCUACCGAGCACAAGCUUUAAUCGACUCGGGAUCCGAGGCGACGUUCAUUUCCGAACGGCUUUUUAACCGUAUGAAGUUGCCAUUCCGCAACAUCCAGGCCGAAGUCUCUGGUCUAAACCAGUCGGUUUCCGCGAAGUCGACUAGGCUAUGCCAGUUCCAAAUUCGUUCUCCUACGAAGCCGGGUCUCCAAUUAGACACCGAAGCUUAUGUCCUUCCGGAAUUAGCGGGCAAAUUGCCCUCCCUUCCAAUCUCUCGGAAUUCCUUGAGAGACCUGCCCGCUCUCCAGUGGGCAGACCCGACGUUCUAUGAGAGUUCGCAACUGGACGUCCUAAUCGGUGCCGACAUUCUACCGUCGGUAAUGUUGAAUGGCACCCGAAGAAGUAUUUGCGGCUCUCUUCUAGGCCAAGAGACUAUUUUCGGAUGGGUGCUUACGGGGCCGAUCUCCCAUGUAAAGGCGAACAGAGUCGCAUCUUUUACGACGCAGGUUCAUCCAAUAGGCGAGGAUUCCUCUCGCCGAUGUUCUAACGUCCCGUUCCGUUGCUUUCCAAAGCUGAGCCCGAGUUCAAGGGCGAAGCCAAGUCGAUUUUACGUCGAUGGCAACACCUCAAGACUAAUGCGCAGCAGUUUAGUGCACGGUGGAACUCCACAAACGCAAUCAAUGACAAUGUCCGUCAAGGAACGUCCAAAUUGGCGAUCGAACGAAUGGCGGCUCGGCAGAAUCAUUUCUGCCUUUCCAGGAGCCGCUGACCGCAUUCAAGUUGGAAGGAGCCGCACAUAA